GAUGAAAUUAAAUGUCUUUUUCUUCGAAUAAGAAAUCCUAUAUCAUUAUGUAUUGAUGGAUUUAUUAAAAAGAUUUUUGGAUAUACUUUAUAUUCUAAUGAAGGAAGAGAUAUUCAAACCAGAACAAAGAAAGCUCUAGAUAAUUUCUACUAUAAAUUAAAUUAA